AUGAAUUCGGGGGUAACGUUGCUUGGGCCAGAAGAUAGCCUCUUCCUUGGAAAUGCCAGUGAGAUGCGUCAAGGAAAUUACGAAGGAACGCAACAGGAUUCAAAUCGUUCCGAGCAGCAUUCGGACUUGUUGGAUCGCUUGGUCUGCCCAUAUGACGAGAUGCACCUUGACAUCGACCGCAUUGAUUUCGAGGACCAUUUGUCCCGCUGCCGUGGAGAAUACAUGCGCAUGUUUCCGCAUUGUCCAAUUUUGCAAUGCACUUAUAAUGCAGAUCACUGGGUGCCGGAUCGCGAGUACCCCUUCCACCGCCUACAUUGUCCGAAUUCCGAAGAAUAUUUUGGAAUGAUGUCAUCGAAAGGCGGACCAACAACUCCUUGGAUAGCAGAACCGAAAAAGGAGGACCGUGAGGGUUGCCACACGAUGACCCUUGCGCUCGCCGACUUUGAAGCUACUGAGUAUGUGAUACGGAUGGGCGCCGUCGAGCCGGUAGCGGAAGACUCGGAUGAUUCAGAGGAAUUGAUAUGCCAAUCGCAACCGGUGCCCAAAGAGGAAUCGCCUUACGAAUUUGUCGAAAUCCAUUCCGAUGACGAUUUUGAC